CCAUCUAGCGGUGGAAUACCAAAUCGCAUUUAAACUGUUGGAUGUUAUUGUCUCGCGAGGAACAAUCAACCUUCAAAUCCGACGUCUACGUGCAUUUUCAAAAUCAAGGUUCGCCUUCACUUCUGGUCGAGUGUAACUCAAACCAGCGUAUUCCAAUGUCGAUCUUCAGUUCGGCUCUCCGAUUCUCUGGGAGGAAUGUUCGCAUCAGCAGGCAAAUAUCAUCUUGCCUAAGUGUGUCGAACCAGGUUUUAAAUUUGAGCAAACCAGCUAUUUCUGCCCAUGUGUCAAAUGAGAAAUCCAUGCUGACACAUGGAUUUAGCAAAGGUUUCAGCACCCACAUUGAAAGGCAACCUCAUUCCGGAGACUUCUUCCUUCGACAGUUGUUUGAUAGAGAAAGCUGUACAUACACAUACCUGCUUGCUGACGCCUACUCAAAAGAUGCAGUACUCAUUGAUCCUGUCAUCGAGCUUAUUGAAAGGGACCUAGAGGUGGUCAAAGAAUUGGAACUCAACAUCAGAUAUGCUUUGAGUACUCAUAUGCAUUCUGAUCAUUCCACAGCUGCCCUAAAGCUAAAAAAGUACCUUCCGUCGUGCAAAACUGUCAUUUCUGCAGCUAGCGGAGCAAUCGCCGAUACUUUGGUUCGCCAUGGCGAUAUCAUCCACUUUGGUCGACAUCAGCUCGAAGUACGAGCAACACCCGGCCAUACCAACUGUUGCGUAACAUACGUGUGUCAUGAAGAAGGAGUCGCUUUCACAGGCGACACUUUGCUAAUUAGAGGAUGUGGUCGGACUGAUUUCGAUCAAGGCGAUCCUGAAACUUUGUACAACUCAAUCUAUAACCAAAUUUUCUCAUUACCAAACAUGCUCCGCCUUUAUCCUGGACACGACUAUCGGGGCAGAACAGUGACGUCUGUUUUGGAGGAGAAACGCUACAACCCCCGAUUGACUAAGAGUAGAGAAGAAUUCAUUCAAAUCAUGAAAACAUUAAAUUUCGCCCACGCUACUGAUAACCAAAUGGAACAUUCUUUGCCGGAAAGUUUCAAGUAGACGUGCAUUAAUCGGAUGAAGGAGUUGAUAAGCUAUCUCUUAUUGGCUUAUGAUACUCAACAGCUAUUCAUUACAUAAUCAAGGGGCAUAUAGUGCUUUUUUUGUCGCAACAUAUUUUUUUUUAAAUAAAUUUAUGCGGAACUCGGUGUAGCCGUUGAAGUGGGGCCACUGAGGCAUGUAACCUUCUCUGAUCUAUAACAUGUCAUUCCCCUAUCGAAUAUUUCAAUUCCUUUCACUUGUAUUUUGAAGGAAUAAAUUUGUUACA